UUUCUCAUGAGCAACAUCUGACAAGCAGUAGGCUAUAACUCAUUGCUGAGGAAAAAUUAGACAUUAAAGAGAUUUCAUUUGUACAUUUUUUUUCUUUCCAAUGGGUUUCCCUGAGUCAUUGCCUACAUACCUGUCUCUCAUUCUGCGUGACCACAAUGCAUCCACACUAGACAAACCUUGUCUUGUGGAGCACUGGAGACAGCCUAAUGCUUAUAGCACACAGCUUUUCCUUUCCUUUUCUCUUUUCCCAUCCUCACACUGGUUAUCUAGACCAGUGUUCACUCACCCACACCACCAUCACCGGCUUUGGUCUGGUCCACUGCAGUGUCUGCAGCCGGCCCGGCACAACCUCCAGCGCAUGGAUGCUUCAUUUGAUGACUUAAAGAGAAACCCAUCCCUCCGAGAGGAGUCUUCACAUGGUACAUCAGUGGAGAAGAGCCUGGUGCUGUCUGAGAGGGAGAAGUACGGAAAUGGCUUCUCAUCAAUCACCUUCCGAGAGAGGCAUGGCAGGAGAGGAGAUCCCAGGGGGAACCGAGGGAAGAAGCGAGCAGUCAGGCAACUGUCUACACUGGCUGCAGAAUGUAGACCCAGACUCGAACGACGUGUCUCCUGUGUGUAUACGAUACACAGAUGUAUAGGGGUAGACGCUCUUCUGUGCCUUCGGGAGGAGACGGGAGAUGGAAAUGGACAGUCGAAGUAUCCCUGAGUCAUAAAAGCCCUCUGUCCCAGCCUAUACACAGCAAAUCCUCUCAAACUGUCCACAACAACCUCCAUCUUGGCUCAGUUUCCAAGACUCUCAAGGAAACUUGCCUAGAGCUACGUGAAACUGGCAGUGUAUUCCUCUGGCUCAGACUAAAGAGAUGUGUCCACGUCAGCUGGUCCAAUUCUGUCUUGCAGACGUCUAAAAACCACCCCCAGUGAACUGCUCUGCCAGGACCACCACAUAACCGGGGGUAAUCCACAGCUUUGAAUGAAGGGAUCUUAAAAGGUCCAUACAAGUUAAAAACACAUUUUUAAGAACUUGCAGUAUUUUACUUGCUGCUACAAGAGCUUCUGACCACCUCCUUUGUUUUCUACCAUGGAACAGAAACUUCCAAAUGUUUGCAGUGGAUGUGCACAGCUGCAGCUCUGGGAUGUUUCGUGGUGAGACAUUUCCAAGUUUGGAAAAUCACUCCAGGGUCUGUGCUUUAAUAAAUAUGUGUGAAAAAUGGAUUUGUCAUAUAGACUACUGUGAAUGGAUUUGCACAACAAUACAGAUAUAAAAACAGCUCCUUGAUGUCUUUUAAUGUUUUAUUUUGGUUUGAUGUAUACGGUUUUAUCCACCCACAACACUAGUAUCAAGUUGGUGGGCAUCCCAGCUAACAGGAAAUGUUCUGGCAAGGUUUUCUUAAAUUUGUGAACAAAGCUU